UCUGCCCACCCCUCUCUCUCUCUCCCGCUCGUCUCUCCCUCUCCUUCCCGCGAGAAGCUACGCCGGCCGAUUUCGGCGAGCUCUGGCGGGAUUCGACGACGCCCGCCCCACAGCCGAGAGCCUACCGACCCCGCCUCCCUCGACCCCGCGCCGCUGCGCCACCUCGCCUCUGCCUGCCGGUGUGCGCUGCCACCUCACCGGACCCCAGGAGCCCUGCCACGUCGCGCACCGCCACCUCCCCACAAGCUCGCCGCCCCGCCGCAGAAGCCUCGUCGCCGGUCGCCCUGACCUUGAGAUCCGCCGCCGCCAUGGGAGCCGAGCACCGAGCUCCUUUGCACCCCGCCCACCAUGGGAGAUCUGAGGCCGGCCAGGAGGCGGGGAUGAGGCGCCGGUGGGCCCUGGGGAUCUACGCGGUGGCACUGCUCUGGCUCGCCGCGGCCGCAGCCGGAGAUCCCGAUCCCGACGAGCUCGAGCGCGCGUCUGCGAAAGUUGGAUUUUGGAUAGGCUUUCAAGAGCGUGACCGAAGCAGAGACACACACAUGUUUGUACGCUUGAAUUCUGAUGCCACCACCUAAUACUGCAGAUCCGUAGAGGCCAUGAAUGGCCUAGUGUGUUUCAGGCAGCGCGACAGCAAUUCUUCGUCCUCAAAGCAUAUAUUUUCUCCAAGCGAUCAACAAAGUGAUUGGUCCAUUUGGAAGGGCAGGGUCGAAUGGGCGCGCGCGGCGGAGAUCGGGUGCGGGGCGUCGCUGUCGCCGUCGAUGACACGGUUCGGGAUCGCCACGCUCUUCAACGCCACGUCGUCUGCCGUCUCGGAGGCCGCCGCCGCCAACGCCGCGUCGGGCAUCGUCCACGCGAUGCCGCGGACCGAGCCUGUUGUGUCUGCCGAGUGGCUACACGCCAACCCUAGGGACCCCAAUGUGAAGGUACUUGAUGCCUCUUGGUCAGAAGAUGAUGGCGAGUUCCUCAUUCCAAUUGAGUUUAUAUUGUGUAGGUUUCUUCAUCAUGAUCUGGAUUGCCGCGGUCAUGUUCAGGUCCAAUGAUAUCUUGCGCAAGCAAACCGCUCUCAAGAUACAACGGUCCGGCAAGCUGCUAUGGUGGUCAAGUGUCUGCUGCCUAGGAAAAUAGAUAUUUAGUUUUAGGUCAUUUCUUGUAAUGUCAGAUAUGGAGUGCUUGUCUUUAGUUUUUUGUUUUUACUUUGUGAAACUUGCUACCUAUGGAU